CCAAAAAGAAACCAACGAACGAAUUAUAGAGGAGCAAAAAUUAAUACGCGCAGAGUUGUGCAGGUUAAGGGAAGAAAUCCGGCAGGCCCCGGUAGCGGGGAGAGGCACCAGGAAGAACAAAUUACACUAGAAAAGAUGACUGAGCUUGAUGAUGUGGAAGCGUAUUUAACCACCUUUGAAAGAACUGCAACUCGAAAUGCAUGGCCCAAAGAGCAAUGGGCUGGGAGAGUAGCCCCUUAUUUAAUUGGAGAAGCCCAAAAGGCAUAUUAUGAUUUAAAAGAAGAAGAUGCAGAGAAUUAUGAGACUCUGAAAAACAAAAUAUUGGCAAGACUAGGGGUAACCAUGGCGAUACGAGCAGUCCGGUUCCACAAUUGGAGCUACCAGAUAAACAAGCCUACGAGGUCUCAGAUGUUUGACCUGGUACAUCUGGCAAAGAAAUGGCUCCAGCCAGAAGAAUUAAACCCAGGACAGGUGGUAGAAAGGGUGGUGUUGGAUCAUUUCGUGAGGAGUCUGCCUGUGCACCUGAAAAGAAAAGUAAGUGAAGGGGAUCCUCAGACCCUAGAUCAAGCUGUGGACUGGGUGGACAGACACCAUGCCACAGUGGCCCUGAUUAGGGAGAGAAAAGGGGACUUUCGGAGGGAGGAGAGAAGAAGCCCCAAGAGUCUGGAAACCGAAAUAAAGUACCGGCCAAUAAAGUAUAGUGAUUAUCGGGAACCUAUACAGUUAAAAAAAACCCUUCGGGGGAAGUCUGACUCAAUGCCCCGGCCAUGGGAAGAAACCCGGCGAUGUUUUAAUUGUCAGGAAGAAGGGCAUUUAGCCAGCUAUUGCCAUGGCCUGCCCGAACCCAUGCAGGUAGACCCCAGAGAUGAAGCCCUAUGCAACUACCUUACAGCGGGGGUCCCGACCCGCGAGGAUCCCCAUCUUACGAAAAUCGAGAUAGAGGGAGAACCCAUCGAGGCCUUAUUGGACUCUGGCAGUGCGGUGAUCCUGGUGACCCCUACAAUACUUCCGGGAGGACUAGAGAUUCCAAGAACAAAGGGAAUACCUAUUACUUGCAUUCACGGGGACACCAAAGACUAUCCGACGGUCGAAUUGAGCAUCUCUACAGAACAGGGGACCUACCGCUCAACGGUAGGAGUGGUUGAGCAGUUGCCAUACCCUGUCAUACUGGGACGAGACUGUCCCCAUUUCCUCCAGAUUUGGAACACGAUCCAAUCAGCUAGGCCAAGACCAAUUCCCUGGCUGGAAGACAGUGGUGAUGCCCCUGCCGACGACCCUGAUGAGACGGACCCACAAGAAAGCGGAACGGAACUUGGAGUUGAGUUUGGAAAUAUGGAACUACCGAACGGGGAACCCCCAGAACGUCGGGGUAAGUUUGGGACGGCCCAACUAGAAGACGGGAACUUGAGACAUGCGUGGGGAUAUGUCAGGAAAAUUGAUGGGGAGUGGUGUACUGAUCCUAACACAGUGAGUUACCCAUAUUUUAUGACAAAGAAUAAUCUCCUUUAUCAAGUGCAGCAGAAGGGACAGGAAGAAGUGGAACAACUUCUUAUUCCCCGGCCUUACCAGAUGAAACUCCUCAACUUGGCCCAUAGCCACCUCCUG